GACGAAGAGCGGUGGCUCGAGAAAGAGUCCGUGGAUAAACGAGUGCUGGCGCUCCAAGAGAGGGUACUUGGUGAAUCGCACCCCGAAACCACCAGCAGCACCAUGUCACUUGCGGCAACAUUCUUUCAACAGGGCCGUUCCGACAAGGCCAUGGAGCUAGCCAUCAGAGCCCUGGAGAUGCGACAAAAGAUUUGGGGGGAAAAGAACUCAUACACCAUGAAGAGCAAGGUGGCGGUCGGGAUGAUCUUCCACCAACAGGGUCUGUACCAUGAAGCCGAGGCCAUCUACAGUGAGGUGUUGAAUCUUCAGAUCCAAGGAUCCUGGCUGGAAAUGGAGACCCGGCCUUAUGUUAUCGACUGCCUCGCCUGGACCUACUACGUUCAGGGCCGUUACGAAGAAGCCGAGGCCCACUUGGAUAGUGCAUGGUCCUUGCAUCAGGAAUUCGACGGCGGCCAACAUCCAGAUACGCUACAGGCCCUUCACCAGCUUGCUGUCAUUGUCCAUAUGAAUGGCCGUCCUGAGAAGGGCAUCGAGUUAAUGCAGACCUGCGUGGAAUCAAGACGCGAGGUCUUGGGGUAUGCUCACCCAUUGACAAAUGUAUCUACGUUGCUUCUUGAAGGGUGGAAG